AUGACAGACACGUUAGCAGCAAGCACACCCGAAGACACUGAGAUACCCACUUUGCCAGAGCUGCUUGCUUCGUCGGGUACUCUCCCCUCGUCAGUGUUGUCUUCGUCAGAUACAUCUGCGUAUCUAUCGCACCUCACGACUCUACCGCUCUCAGAGCUCACGUCCCAGCCUGCUGAGCUUUCGUCUUCAUCUGCACAACUCACUAACGCGCUCACAACGCUGUGCUACACAUCCUACCCGACCUUCCUCUCCAUCCACUCCUCGACGUCUGCCCUCUCGUCCUCCCUCUCCGCAUUCUCAUCCUCUCUUGAUGUCCUCCUCUCGUCCCUCCCCUCUCUGGAGUCUUCCGCGCGGUCCUUCGCAGAAGACACACGUUCCAUCCAAAAGGACAGGCGCAAAGCCGCGCUCGUCCUCGAGCACCACGACAAGCUGCACGACGUGCUCUCGCUCCCGACGUUGCUAGACUCCUGCGUGCGGAACCACACCUACAACGAGGCGCUCCUGCUCGCGCAGCACGCGGCAGGGCUCGCAGCGCGCUUCCCGGACAACGCGCUCGUACAGAGCGUCAAGGCGGAGUGCGACGCGCGUGUGCAGGCGAUGCUCGGGCAGCUCCUGCGCAUGCUCAGCGAGCAGGCGAAGCUCCCCGCGCUCUUCCGCGCGGUCGGAUUUCUCCGCAAGAUGGACGUGCUCGACGAGCCCGAGCUUGCGCUCGCGUUCCUCACCGGCCGCGGCGUGUACCUCGACGGCCUCCUCAAGACGGUCGAGAUCGAGAAGAAGGGCGUCGAGGGCGACAGGGAGCGCGAGAAAGAGGCGUAUGCAAGGUAUCUGAAGCGGUAUGUCGACCUGUGGAGGGAGGGCGUUUACGAUGUCGUCACGCAGUACACGACGAUCUUCCUCGAGCGCGCCCCGUCGACGUCCGGGACGGCGCCGACGCAGCUGCAUAUGCUCCUCACGACAUUUACGGGCUUGCAUCUCCAACGGCUCCUGGCGCUCCUGCGCGAGACGCUCCCGCAUAUCCAGGACCCUUCGCUGCUCACUUCGCUCCUAACGCAGCUCACGUACUGCGCAAACUCGUUCGCGCGGGUGGGCAUGGACUUCAAGGGGCUGCUCGCUCCUAUCUUCGUGGAUGCUGUGCGGAUGGGCGUCCAGAACGAGCUGGAGGAGGCCGCGGACGGAUGGUGCGACGCGUUGAAGCCGAGCACGAGCUUGAGCUCGUACAGGUCCAAGGCGACGUCCAAGAGGCCUUCUAGGUUUCUGGUCGCAGCAAGCGCUGCUCCGUCGCCUCCAUUGCCGACGGACAUGCAACUGCAGGCCCUCUCGUCCGGACCUCCAAAUGUCCCGCCGCCUAUCCUUGUCUCGUAUCCGCCCUUGGCGACGUACACGAACGCGAUACUGACUGCGCUCAAUGGCUUGCGGCUGCUGGCGCCGGUAGAGCUGCUCGAUGACCUGUUGCAGGCUCUGGAUACAUCGCUUGCACGUGGACUGGACACACUGCUGACUCUUGCACGGGAUCGACCAUGGACAUCCGAGCCAAAGUACAUGCCGGUCGAGGACGAAGAGCAAAAAGAAACGGAGGUGAUCAAGGCCGCGGCAGCGGUAUACGUGAAGAUGUUUCUGCCGUUCAUGAGGAGAGCACUGGUGGAGGGAGUGUACGGAGUCAAAGUGGGCGAUGUGGAUGCACCUCCCAGGAAAGACCUCGGUGUGGCAUUGGAGGGAUGGGAACACUGGGGUGCCGAGUCGAAUGGUGAUGCUGCAGAAGGACACUGA